CCCUUAACAUUUCCCACCUCUUCCUCCGCUCCCAUCACUUCCUCUCCUAGCUCCGACGAUCGCCGGAGACCACCACUAGUAAGCUUCGAGGCCGAGAUGAAUAGUGCGGCGGAGACAGAGACCGAGGGAGGCGGCGGCGCCGCGGCCGUGGAGCCGCAGGUGGUGGUGGUGGAGCGCGUGGUGACGGUGGAGUACCUGGAGCCGUCCAUGUCGCGGGGCCUGCUCGGCAUGUUCCCGGACUCCUCCGCCUUCGACUUCGACUACUCCCAGAGCGGCAUCUGGUCCCCGCUGAACAAGGUGCCCCGCGCGUCGUCGUCGCCGCCGCCGCCGCCGCGCUCCGGCGGAGGCGGGGCCGAGGGCUCGAGGGACUUUCUCAUCGCCAACCCGAAGCGCAGGGCGAGGGCCGCCAUCGGGGGCAGGUCGUCGAGGUCGCGGCGGCGGCGGCUGAGGCUGCGGCGGGAGGACGGCUCAUUCCUGAACCUCCACGAGACGGGCUGCGCGAGGCUGGACUUCUCGCCGCCGCCACCAUCGUCGCCUCUCCCGGCCAAGGAGGAAGGGUGGAGGCGGGUGCUCAAGGCGGCGAUCAGGAAGUUCAAAUCGCGGCAGCGCCGAUCCCGGCCGGCUCCCCUGCUCCAGAUGAUGCUGCCAACGCUAUGAUCGAUCGAUCGACCGAGCAAUCGAUCUCGUGGUUCGCUCGUUCAGUUCGAUGUUGCAUGAAUCAAUCACCACGCGUUCUUUCAGUCGGAUUUGAAUCGCCGGCCGCCCGCGACACGCCCCUUCUUCGUGUAGUAUAAUUUAGAAGUUACUGAAUUUAUCCGUAUACCACAUGUAAUUUGUAAGUUGUGCUUUGUAACGACGCUCUCGCUACAGAUUCAAAUUUGAAUAUAUAAAUUCAAUCGACUUUUUAGGCGAAA